AUGAAUCCUGUGCUUCGACUCCACCCACUGCUUCUCCGUCCGCACUUACAAUUCUCAUCGCGGAACCUCAAUGCCCGCCAAUCCAGCCUCCUCCGCCUCCUCCUGAAGUCCGCCUAUUCAACGGUCCCAGCCCCGGCAGUGGCACCACCCCCAAAGCCGGACCGGGACUAUACACCCCGCCCACUAGACCGCCCCCUAGGCCUCCCGCAUCCACCGGAGCCCCUCCCGCUAGGCCCUACCACUGGUGCAACAAAAAAGAAGGGCUUCCGCAGCCUUAGCCAGGUCCGUACCGACCUCGGCGAUCCGGGACAGAAUCUGGCGAAGCGGCAACGCCUAGCGAAGGAGCUGGCGAAGCCAUACUUCCGCGACUUCAGUCGUUUGUCCAAAGCGGAUAAGGGGAAGUCGUUCAUUGCGCCGCAGAGAUUGAUCAAGAGCGAGCAUGCGCUUUGGUUCCCGAACUUGAAUGGCCGGACGCUCGUUGCGGCGGGGAAGGACACUACGGAUGUGCUGAAGGGAAGGGUAUCGCUUGUUGCGGUAUUCUCCAGCACGUGGGCUGAGAGACAGGUUGGGCUUUGGGGGCUUGAUGAAAUUGUGGGUCUAGUGCCAGGGGCGGGAGGGGGUGAAGAGGAAGACGUGGUGGGGAGGCUGGAUAUCAAUGUUGAGGAGAACUUUCUCAGGUAUUGGAUUGUUAUGAUGUUUCGGGGGGGUCUCAGGAGGAGGAUGAGGGAGUCGCGCUGGAGGAGGUACUUUAUUAUUAAGGAGGGAUUGGAUGAUGAAACACGGGAUGCGAUGGGGUAUUAUAAUGCUAAGGUUGGGUAUGUGUAUUUGCUGGACGAGGAGUGUAGGAUUCGGUGGGCAGGUUCCGGGCCUCCUAUAGCUGGGGAGAGGGACGCUUUGAUUAGGGGGGUUAAGAAGCUGGUUGCUGACUCGAAAAAGAAGCCAAGCGAUGCGAGGGCUGGUAGGAGAGGAGAGGGGGUGGAUAUGGGGGAAACAUAG